AUGUCGCAAUACGUCGACGUCGAACACGUCGAGCGAAGCGAUGCUACUCAAGAGUUCCAUGAGCAAGACCACCACCAACACGGUGACAAGCAGAUCGGUGUCUUGGCUGCUGAGGCCGGUCGCAGUGUAGCUGACUGGACCCUCUGGGUCGGUAUUCUUGGUAUUGCCCUCGUCGCCUACCUCGCGGGUCUCGACAACAACACCAUGUGGGCAUGGCAGACGUAUUCUACCACCGCUUUCAAAGAGUAUCAAGUCUAUACUGCCAUUGCCAUCGUCCAGGCUGUUCUCAUCGCUGUUGGCAAGUUCCCCAUCGCCAAGUUAGCAGACGUCUUUGGUCGUGCCCAGGCCUACACUCUCUCCGUCUUCCUUUGGGUGCUUGGUUUCGUCAUCGUUGCCGUAUCCCAGAACGCCCGCGACGUCGCGGGUGGUACCGUCCUCUACGCUCUCGGCAACACCGGUGUUCAGAUCAUGCAGCAGAUCGUUCUCGCCGAUUACAUCUCCACAAAGUGGCGUGGUGUCUCGAUCGGUCUCGUCAGUCUUCCUUACGUCAUCAACUUCUGGGCCGGUACGCAGAUCUACACUAAGGUCGUUGACGUCAACUGGAGGUGGGGUCCUGGCUUCUUCAGCAUCUGCGCUCCCGUCGCCGCCUUUUCCAUCAUCCUCGCCCUUGCCAUCAACCAGAGGAGGGCCAAGGCAAAGGGUCUCAUCCCCAUUCACCCCUACAAGACCAUGCCCUUGCUCUCCGCCAUCUACGCCUUCCUCGUCGACAUCGACGCCCCCGGGCUCUUCCUCUUCUGCGGUGGCUUCCUCCUCUUCCUCCUUCCCCUCAAUCUUGCCAAGAUUCCGGGUAAUAGCUGGUCUGAUGGUUGGAUCAUCGCUAUGCUCGUCCUUGGCGGUGUCAUGCUCAUUGGCUUCUGCGUUUGGGAAAUCUAUGCUCCCAUGCCUAUCCUCAACAGGCGAUGGAGGCUUAACAAGGACGUUCACUUUGCCACCGCUAUCGGCUUCUUCGAUUUCUUCAGUUUCUACACCUCUUGGACCCCUGCUUACUACUGGUCCAUGAUUGUCAUGGGCUACGACAACCUCGGCGCCACCUACUUCUCCAACUGCCAGUCGCUCGCCUUGACCGUUUUUGGUAUUACUGCCGGUUUCAUCUCCCUGGGCACCAAGAACUACAAGUGGGUCAUGGUUUCUGGUGCUUGCAUUCGAAUGCUCGGCAUUGGUCUCAUGAUCAAGUACCGUGACGCUAGCUCCUCCAAUGUCCAGGCUGUUUUCCCCCAGGUGCUCCAGGGUAUGGGUGGUGGCUUCCUCGGCAUCACCCUCCAGGUCGCUGCCCAGGUCAGCGUUCGUCACCAGGAUGUUGCCACCGUCACCGCUUACUUCCUCCUCCUCACCGAAAUCGGUGGUGCUUGCGGUAACGCCGUCAUCGGUGCCAUCCAGACCAACGUCCUUCCCGGCUACUACGACAAGUACCUCCCCAUGCUAAACGCCACCGAGCGCGCAGCCAUCGCGGCCAGCCCGUUCAAUGCCGUCCUCAAAUACCCAAUUGGCACCCCUGUCAGGGACGGAAUGAUCCAGGCAUACAACGACUACAUGCACAUCCUCCUCAUCGUCGCCAUCGUCCUCUCGGUACCCCCCAUCGUCCUUAGUCUCGUCAUCAACAACCGCAAGCUCAACGACAAGCAGAACUGCGUCAGCAACGAACUCGCCGGUAUGAGACGACUGUCCUUCGACAGCGACAAGCCCUCGGAGGACUCGAUCGACAAGAACUAA